GCUGCUAAGGCGAUUUACUACAAUGAGUAAACGCAAAAAAUUUUGCAGAAAAUAAAACAAAAAAAUUGCACACAACAUUAAAACUGCAACAAACAACAACUGAACUCAAAACAACUCCGAUAAAAAAAAGUUUUCUCUUCCCUUUCCAUUCCCCACCAAAAUGGUCUUCAAUUUGCUGUUCAUAACAACUGUGAUAAAAUCCACAUUUGGUGUGGUAACCACUGGCCUGUGGCUUAUACCCCUGCUGCUGGCCACCAUAACCUAUUACAAAUACGAUCAGGUAGAUCCAGAAGCGAGAGCGUUUGAUCAUCAGGACCUCUAUGCCGAUUAUGAUUUCAUAGUUGUGGGUGCGGGUUCAGCAGGAGCUGUGGUGGCCAAUCGUUUGAGUGAAGUACACAAAUGGAAGGUGCUGCUGUUGGAGGCGGGGCCCGAUGAAAACGAAAUAUCCGAUGUGCCCUCCUUGGCGGCCUAUUUGCAACUGAGUAAAUUGGAUUGGCAAUAUAAGACGGCGCCUUCCAACAAAUCCUGCCUGGGCAUGAAAAAUAAUCGCUGCAAUUGGCCUCGAGGCAAGGUGCUAGGUGGCUCCAGUGUCUUGAAUUAUAUGCUCUAUGUGAGGGGCAAUCGCCAUGACUAUGAUCACUGGGAAUCUUUGGGCAACGAAGGCUGGGGCUAUGAUAACGUCUUGCAUUAUUUCAAAAAGUCCGAGGAUAAUCGAAAUCCCUAUUUGAGCGGCAAUGCCUAUCAUGGCUCUGGAGGGUAUUUGACGGUGCAAGAAUCUCCCUGGCAUACUCCUUUGGUGGCUGCUUUUGUAGAGGCCGGCACUGAGUUGGGUUAUGAAAAUCGCGACAUUAAUGGGGAAACGCAAACCGGCUUCAUGAUAGCCCAGGGCACCAUACGCAGGGGAUCACGUUGCAGUACGGCCAAGGCUUUUCUAAGACCCAUAAGGCAGAGGAAAAAUUUCCAUUUGUCCUUGAACUCACAGGUGACCAAGGUGAUUAUAGAUGAGUCAAACAUGAGGGUUAAGGGAGUGGAAUUUGUCAAAUAUGGCCAGGUGAGAAGGGUGUAUGCCAAGCGAGAGGUCAUAUUGUCAGCAGGGGCCCUUAACACCCCCCAGAUAAUGAUGCUGUCGGGCAUAGGCCCCCGCCAGCAUUUGGAGGCGCAUGGUAUUAAGGUUCUGCAAGAUCUACCGGUGGGGGAGAAUAUGCAGGAUCAUGUGGGCAUGGGAGGUUUGACAUUCCUGGUGGAUAAGCCAGUGGCCAUAGUGCAGGAUCGCUUCAAUCCCACCGGCAUCACAUUGCAAUAUGUGUUGCGUGAGCGGGGACCCAUGACCACUUUGGGUGGGGUAGAGGGUUUGGCUUUUGUACACACCCCCUAUUCGAAUCGCAGUCUAGAUUGGCCAGAUAUACAAUUUCACAUGGCGCCGGCUUCCAUAAACUCCGAUAAUGGGGCCCGAGUUAAGAAGGUUAUGGGCCUUAAGGAGUCUUUGUAUCAGGAAGUUUACCAUCCCAUAGGUAAUAAGGAUUCCUGGAGUAUUAUCCCUUUGCUGCUGAGACCUCGCUCUAGAGGUUGGGUAAGAUUGCGUUCUGCAAAUCCUUUUGUUUAUCCCAUCAUAGAUGCCAAUUACUUUGAUGAUCCUUUGGAUGUUAAGGUGUUGGUGGAGGGAGCCAAAAUAGCCUUGAGGGUGGCCGAAGCCAAGGUUUUCAAACAAUUUGGCUCUCGUCUCUAUCAAAAGCCUUUGCCCAAUUGCAAAAAAUUCCGUUUCAUGUCUGAUGCGUACAUAGAGUGCCACAUACGCACCAUAUCCAUGACGAUAUAUCAUCCUUGUGGCACAGCCAAAAUGGGUCCUGCCUGGGACGAGGAAGCAGUGGUGGAUCCCCGCCUAAGGGUCUAUGGCAUUCGAGGACUUAGGGUUAUUGAUGCCAGCAUAAUGCCCACCAUUAGCAGUGGCAAUACCAAUGCCCCCGUCAUAAUGAUUGGUGAAAAGGGGGCAGAUUUAAUAAAAGAGGAUUGGUUUCAUAAUCCCGAGUAUCGAGUCAAUGAGAAGAGUUAGCAUUGCAAGUGGAAAACUACCAAAGUUUGUCCAUAGAUAAUUUGUAGAGACUUAAAACUGCCAAAACUCAAGCGAUUCAUACCAUUCAGGGGGCUUUUAGCUUUAGCUCUUUUUAACAGAGUUGCCAUGUGUGUCA